AUGAGUAGUAGAGAAGAAGGCGAAAACACAACGACGUUUGCAAAUGGAGAUUUGCCUUCAGAUAAGAACAGCACGGUCAACACACAGGCUUGGCGUGAAGGGAGCCACAAUGGCAAAACAAAGACGUCGCCAGAUACCGAUGCCGACUCCGCUACUAAGCUUAAAUCAACACCUCAAUCAUGUCCGGGUUCGCUCAAGAAAUUGAAGCUUAUCGUGCGCGAGUCGCCUCUUAGUAAGCCCGAGCAUCCAUCCGACAACGACAGCCCGUCCUAUUCUACUUCGUCAUCGAAUGUGGCCAAAAGGAUCAAGACAUCAAGUACUCCUGAGGCACUGAACAUUCAUGAUGUGACUCAGCAGGGUACGCCAACGACUCGCGCCUAUCAUAAAAAAGUGGUCGCCGAGCUGCGACCUCGAUCAUCGAUACCGACAGAUCUUGCACCAAAUGACCUCGCGCAUGAGCUAGCUGUGGCUGCAUAUUCGUCACGUCUUAACCCGUACGCGCUUCACAAAGGCGAAUACGAGCUAUUCAAAGAUCACAUCACUUUGCCACAGGUCACGAUAUAUCUCAAUAUCCGCAAUGCCAUUCUUCGGCUUUGGACUAGGAAUACACUCGUCCAGGUCACGAAAGAAGAAGCGCUGGGGUGUGCCCGGGAAAGUCGCUACUUCAAACUGGCAGAGGUGGCCUAUCAUUGGCUGAUCAGACGUGGUCUCAUCAACUAUGGAUGUCUUGAACUGCCCAACUCGGCUGGUCCAAUAACACGUAUUAAGGCGACAGGACGACGUCGAACCAUCAUCGUGAUUGGAGCGGGAGUAUCUGGCCUUGGCUGCGCUCGGCAGCUACAGGGUCUUUUCUUGCAGUAUGGGUACAGAUUCACGGAAAAUGGAGAAAAGCCUCCUCGAGUGAUCGUACUGGAAGGUCGAAAGCGCGUUGGUGGUCGCGUAUACUCUCAUCCACUGAAGAAACAAGGCUCAGAUCUCCUCCCGAACGACCUUCGCUGCACGGCAGAGAUGGGGGCACAAAUCGUGACAGGAUUUGAGUCUGGCAAUCCUUUGAAAGCGAUGGUACGAGGACAGCUUGCGCUGCAUUGUUAUCCGCUGAAGGACAAUACAAUACUGUACGACCACGACGGUGUGCCCAUCGACAGACAGCAUGACAUUCAGGUAGAAGGUCUCUUCAACGACAUUCUCGAACGUGCAAGUGCAUACAGAAACAAGAAUCCAGUAGUCAAGACAAUCGAAGGGGACAAGAAGCUACUGUACUGGGCGAAAGAGCCAACCAGUGAAGGCACGAAGGUUAUCUCCGAGCUCGAUAGUUCAGACGCUGCAGUGACAGUGACGGGAAGCAGACGUCCCGGACAGAAGAAUACGACAUCGACUGCGGGCCGUGGCUACAUCCUGGGGGAUAGCGAGAAGACAUUGAAGCCUGCAGCCGAUGCAGCCAAGAAGCUGGGAUGGACACUUCGUCCUGGAGUUUCGGAGAGCCAAUCGAUUGAUCUGGAUGCAUUUGUGAAAUCCAAAGCGUAUCCAACUUUGGGUGAAACCAUGGACGAGGCCAUUCGCCAGUAUCAGUCGCUCAUUUCCUUGACACCAAAGGAGCUGAGGCUGCUCAACUGGCAUUACGCCAAUAUGGAAUACGCCAACGCUGCCAAUGUGAACCAGCUGAGCCUUGGUAACUGGGACCAGGAUGCAGGGAACGAGUUCGAGGGACAACAUUGCGAGAUCAUCGGAGGAUACACGCAGUUCCCUCGCGGUCUUUACUCACUGCCAUCGCAGCUGGACGUGAGAUUUGGCAGCUCGGUGAAGCGUGUGCAAUACGAAGACAACGGUGGAGUUGACGAGAGUCGCGUAACAAUCGAAUGUGAGAACGGGGAAGUGAUGGAGGGCGACAUGGCGGUUGUGACGACUUCCCUCGGCGUUCUGAAACAUGGUAAUGUUGUCUUCCAGCCACCGCUUCCUGGAUGGAAACAAGGGGCCAUUGACCGUCUCGGCUUUGGACUCCUCAACAAGAUCAUCCUCGUCUUCGACGAACCAUUCUGGGAACAAGACAGAGACAUGUUCGGGCUUUUGAAUGACGUCACAGACAACGUCAACGAGCAGGACACCAAACAAUACGGCAAGGGACGUGGGAAAUACUACUUCUUCUGGAACAGAACGCGGCAGAGUGGCCAACAUAUGCUCGUGGCACUGAUGGCAGGAGACGCAGCCCACGAGGCUGAGAUCAAGGACGACAAGAGCUUGGUCGAAGGCGUUCUUGCGAAGCUGCGCAGCAUGUUUGACCAACGGAAAGUGCCGAAACCGCGCGAAACGAUUGUUUCUCGGUGGAAGAGCGACCCAUUCGUCAGAGGCAGCUAUUCAUACAUUGGGCCACAGAGCGUGCAGGGUGACUACGAUGCCAUGGCCAAGUCUAUCGGGCCGCUACACUUUGCAGGAGAAGCUACGUGUGGUACGCACCCCGCGACCGUUCACGGAGCGUACUUGUCUGGCCUCCGUGCAGCGUCGGAUGUGAUUGAUGCAUUACUAGGGCCAAUCAACGUACCCACACCUUUGGCGCCCAGGAAACAGAAGGCAGAGGAUGCACCAGCUGUGGCACCUCUGUAUAGUACGCCAGCCAAGAUUCCUCUUCUAGAUGCACCGCUCGAGAUGGACACGCAAUUGGCGCGAGCCCAGCAAGAGAGCUACGAAGCAUCGAUCAUCGGAGCGAUACUGCAAGAGAUUGGCGACAGACCCGUGCAGCCCAAGAAAGGAGGCACGAAUCCAUUUCUGCUAUACACGAAAGACUACUGGGUGAAGUGCAAGGCCGACUGCGACCAAGCCCGACAGAGGGCGACGGGAAACCCGAACGCGAAAGCGGACAAACUCGCGAUCCGCAACGAAGUCGGACGAUCGUGGAGAACGGCGAGCGAGGAGGUCCGGAGACCGUAUAUCGAGCAAACAGACAGCGCCAAAGCAAACGCCGAGGCCGGAACGACGGCGUACAAAGAGCAGGCCGCAAUCUGGGAUCGAGAGGCAGCGCGGAUCAGGAGAGAGUACAUGGAGAAGAACCCGAUGAUGGCGUGUGCGCGAACGAAUGGGUUCAGCGGCAAGACGGCGAUUGAGAGUGGCAGGAAUGGGAUGCGGUGA